CUCACACACACACACACACACACACACACACACACACACACACACACACACACACACACACACACACACACACACACACACACACGCUCGGGCGCUUGAUCGUGGAAGGUUUCAUAGACGUCUAUCUCGGUGAAGUUACCGCGCACACAGGGGUUUGUUCUAAAGAUUCAACUAUGGGAGAAGGAAAUUUAACAACUCUACUGGAGGGUGCAUGCAGUCCGGUGUGUGAGGGCUGCCACCAGCCCAUUGGUGAGCGUUUCCUGCUGCGUGUGCAUGACUCUCUGUGGCACGAGCGCUGUGUGAAGUGCUCCACUUGUGCUGAGCCACUGAAGAGCACCUGCUUCCUGCGAGACUCCAAAAUCUACUGCAGACAAGAUUACCAACGACACUUCUCGGUUCGAUGUAGGGCUUGUUUGGAGGUUAUCUCCCCGGCAGAGCUGGUGAUGCGAGCGGCUGAUGCAGUUUUCCACCUGCACUGUUUCUGCUGCUCAGUGUGUGACUGCCGGCUGCAGAAAGGAGAUCGCUGUGUGCUGGUGGGAGACAAGCUGCUCUGUACACAACAUUACCAGUGCACACAGAGCAGUCCCACCACCACAGACUCAGGCCGGAGUGAGGAUGAGGAUGAUGGAGAGGAUGAACACAAUCUGAAGCUGACAGGAGAGAAAAACCCCACCAGAGAUGAAGAGCACAAGAGACCAAAGCGGCCACGCACCAUCCUCACCACACAGCAGAGACGAGCUUUCAAAGCCUCGUUUGAAGUCUCAUCUAAACCUUGCAGAAAAGUAAGGGAGACCUUGGCAGCCGAGACAGGCUUGAGUGUACGAGUUGUCCAGGUCUGGUUCCAGAACCAAAGAGCCAAGAUGAAGAAACUGGCCAGGAGACAGCAGCAGCAGCAGCAGCAGUGCCAAUCCCCCCAGGAGCAGAAUGACAGCCAAACACACACCAAUGCGCCCUCUGCUGGAGGAUUUUCAGCCGAGCUGGAGAGCCUGAGCUCGUAUUUAUCUGCAGCUCAACAGCAGGAAACCCACAGCUUUAAGAUGGACCUCAGACAAGGACUCACACCUCCUCAGAUGCCAGGAGAUCAUAUGAACCCAUAUGAUGCCUGGUACUCUGACAUGGACAGUGACCUACUUCACCCACACAGAGACUGUCUGUCAUCUGGGGACACAUCUCUCCUGACACCCAUUGACCGACUAUAUUCCAUGCAGGACUCGUAUUUUGCCUCCUGUGUAUAAUUGUGUGUGUGUGUGUGUGUGUGUGUGUGUGUGUGUGUGUGUGUGUGUGUGUGUGUGUGUGUGUGUGUGUGUGUGUUCAGUACUUUGGGAUUAAUGAAGAGAAUGUGUCAGGCUGUGAUUUAGUAACUUCUCUGUCUAAUUUAUAUUUAUUGAUGUGAUUUCCCUAAUUCUUUUGGAUCGUAAACUCAGUUUGAAUUAAAAUAAAAGUCUGAGGCCUUUGUUUCGGAUUCUUUUUAUUAUCAAUUGUGUCCCUG